CUCCUCUCACACCUGGACUUUGCUAUGACUGACUUGCCAGAACUAACAAGUAUUGCCUGGUCUGCUUGCGCACGCAUGCCUCGUGUCAUCUGGCUUUGCAUCCACAAGACCAGGGCAGUUGGAGUUCUGCCCGCCAGGGUGUUCCACUUCAGUCAGGUCGACAAGAAAUUUGGGUUUUCGUGCACUCUUCUCUCUCUUUUCGCCUCUUCUGAUGGCUCUACUCUUCCUUGUUCUGCUCUCCUCUGCCCGGCCCGACCAUACUCUACCUUGCCCAGUUUGGCCCAGCCUCUCUCUACUCCACUCUGCCAUACACUACCCUAUUCAUCGUCCUCAACUUUUGAGUGUCAUUUCGGCCUUCAUCGCUACACUUGA